CUUGCGUAGUGGUUGAGCGGCGGCCAAUAUGGCAGCCUUAUGUUUGCAUUAAUGACAGAAGUGGUAGUGAUGAAUUCACGUGUCCCAGCCUAUAUUUGAGGACUGGGUUUUGUGUCAGUUGAUCCGUGAAUGGAAAUUUCACAAGAAUUAAACAAAAUCCGCCAAGUGUGUAGUGAGUGAAAGUCGAUUUGAAUGGCCCUAAAUAACCGUGUGUGAAAUCAACAAGAAGAGUUUGUGUGCAUUGCCAAAAGCACUCUUCGGGGCGAAAUCAUUUGAAAUAAUUUAAACUGGAAAGGAUAACUCUUAUGAUAAUCGGACAGUUAUUGGAUUUUAUGCUGAGGAAUGACCCUCCAGAAUGGAUGAGCGGUGAUACUUUCAGGCAGAAACAAGGUGUUUCAUAAUAGAAUGUCUGAAUAACCACAGAAGACUUUCAUCUCCAAUGAAAGGUUUUACUGAAUGUUAAAGAUGGAGAAAAGAAAGCAUAAAAUGAAAUUUUCUGCUGUUCAAGUUUCCUUUAAAAGAAACAAAGGUCUGCAGAAGGAAAAGAUUAUUGGAGAGACUGAAGAAAUUGCUGGAGGAAAUAUAGAAAGUGAAAAGUGUGUUACCACAGCCAUUCGAAGUGUAGCUAGAUCUUCCACAAAGGAUUCCAGAUGUAACCAUCUAGGAACGUACGAUCGAGUGAGAAAAGACAUAUGGCUUUUGUGGAUGUUUUCCAAGGAUUCUGUAAUGAAUAUGGUCAAGUUUUGUCCCCAGGCUCUUUUCCAGAAAGAUAAAGGGGAGGUAUUGUACAGGUUGGAGUCCAUCGUGGAGGGCGAUGAUUCCGUUGACUCAAAUGGGUUGCGUACGGUAGUUAUCAGUAGAGGAGAGAGGGGCUAUGGAGUCACAGUUUCAGGAGAAAGUCCUGUCAUUGUUCAGGAUGUCAAAGAUGGAGGUCCAGCAGCACUGGCAGGUGUCAAGAAAGGAGAUUCCAUCAUUAAAGUCAAUGGGAUGUUAGUGUCUCAAUCCAACCAUAGAGAAGUAGUUCAGAUUAUAAAAUCUACUCAAAAUGUGAAGCUAACGCUGAGAAGUUGUCCCGAGGGUGAAGGGAAUCUCAUUUCUCCUCACGAGACUCACAGACAGCUUCCAACCCCUACGUCUUCCAAGGCCACAGAACGCAUCACUGCGCCAUUACCUGUUGAUACCCAAGUCCAAAGUCAGAUGGAAGUAAACAAGGGCAAAAUGUUGCAGAUAUAUUUAGAUAAGCAGCGUCGUGUCAGGGAGAAUAUUCUUGUAGAACUCCAAAGGAAUCCCUCCAAGGUUUUGCAGAGACAGUUUGAGAAGGAGUUGGAUACAAUAAAUAGACAGAUUACAAAAAUACAGGAAGAACUCAAGAACAUGAAAGACAUUGAAGCUCCCUUGCAAACGCACCCGCGCUCCUCCCCACGCUCUCCACCUCUUUCAAGACCUUCAUUUUACCUUCCUUACACUCCUUCCUUGUCAGAUGUGCCCCCUCCCCUCCCAUUACGUAACCGGAACCUAGUCACCCAAACUUCUGUUCCCAAUAUAUCCUCCUCUUCGACAUCCUUAAGUUGUGCUCCUCCACUCCCCCCAAGACUUUCCCAACUAGAGAGAGCUGGGGAGGGAGGCCUAGCACAAAGUCUAGAGAACAUUCAUAAGGUGAAGAGUCUAACUCAUUCUGCAAGUUCUGUUUCUGACCUGGGAGGUCGACCUCCGUCUCACUACCGUGCAAAGUCUAGCCCUGAUCCUCUUGGUCUUCAGAGUAGUCCAGGUUCUUGUCGAAUGAGCGUGACAGAUUCAUUUAGUAGUGGUAGUAUGACGUCGAGUGUUGGCCAAUUCAAGAUUUCUGAAGACAACUUUAUUGGAGAGCCCCCAGGGACCCCUCCACCUCCAUAUGCUUCCACAACUACUCUUCAGCUAACAGCUGAUGAAGUAGAUGAAAACUAUUGUACCAUACCUGAUGAUGGUGAUGGUGGUGGAGAUUUUGCACCGUCGGCUCCUCCCCUAUCUCCCACUCCUCCUCCCCCCUUGCCGAGCCGACCAACCUUACCCGGCCUACCACCUAAACCGGGAUCGCAUCAUUCAAGCCCUUUUACUUCCCAGGUUACAAGCCCUACAAGCCCUAAUGGACAGGUUGUGGGCCCUCCAAACAUGAUGGGAUUUAUCCAAACGCAACCUAUUCUUAGUAUGGAAGAUGAAGAAUUUUCUGAUCCUGAACCUCUUGAAGACCAUGGCCCAUUCCAGAGUUUAAGUAGAUUAUGGAACCACAAUGCGUACUUAGCGGUUUUCAUGAAUUAUGUAAUAUCUAACUGCGAUUCUUCCAGUUUGUUUUUUUACGUAAUAACACAUCUUUAUAAGGAAGGUGUAGGAAAAGAUAUGAAGAGAUGGGCUUAUGAAAUUACUUCAAGUUUUUUAUAUCCCGGUGCACCUCUUCGGUUAAGUAAUACGGACGAAACAGUCUUACAUGAAAUAGACGAAACUCUACAAAACGAAUUAGACAAAGAAGAAAUUCUUCGUAAGGUAACCGUGAAAAAUGUAUUUUGGAAGGCGCGUCAAAAAUGUAGAGAAGAUUUGAAUGAGCAGUUAGCGGAUUUCAGAAAUAAAAGAAGUGCGGGUCUUGGGUCAAUAUUUGGUCCUCCUGACCAUUUAUUAGAAGAAAGUAUUCAUAAUAAAACCAAAGAAUUACACAUUGUGGAACAACUUUUAGUGCCUUGUUUAGAAACUGUAUCGGAAGACCUCAAGAAUGCGACAGACCAAAUGACUGUAACAGCUUCUAGUCUAGCCACUAUCUUAUUGAAAUACUAUGGAGUUCGAAGUCCAGUUGCUAUACAGUUGAUAGACAGAUGUCCGCUUUAUGUUAGUAAAGAAAGAACGACUAGAAAUAAAAUAUUCAGAGGUAGUAAAAAGCAAGUGUACAGGGACCACCACUUUAUUCCACACACGUAUUACUGUGUAACGUUUUGCAACCACUGUGGCCUAAUAAUAUGGGGUGUUGCACCCCAGGGCUAUCAAUGUGCCAAUUGUGAAAUGAAUAUUCAUAAGUCCUGUACAAAGCAGUUAGAGGAAUUUUGUAUUGGAGUGUUGCACAAAAAGGAGAAAAUGAAGGACACAAGGCUGGGUUCCAUUCUUGGCAAGAUCAUCUCUGAUGAUAAGGAGACGAAGAGAAAAGUGUCUCAGGUUAAUCCUGCACAAAACAGUACAUUCUAUGUCACACCGACCCUACAACAAGGAACAAUAGUUGAUAAGGCCAGGAGAGUCCUCGAGGAAGGAAACUUCGAUGUGAGCGGCUUGCUUUCAAACAUUGACAGCUUAACAGGGGAGAAAGGCAGCGGAAGCGUCGGCCACAGCAACAAGGAGCAGAGGAGAUCCGACCCUGGGAGCGUGGCUGGCGUGGCGGUGGCCAACCACACCAACAGCUCCUCCAAUCUCCUCACCUCCAACGCCAACAGUACCUCCAACACUCCUCUCUCCUCGGGUCUGCCUUCCUCCCUCCCCAACAACGGCUCCGAUCAGUUGGAGGAUUACAAUUCGCCGGACUCCUCUUUCAAUGCUUCGACGGACAGCGCCAGCGCUGCCGUCUCCAAUACACUGAGGUUCCUUCAGUCUGCCUGGGCUUCACAGUCAGAAUUAAUACCUAUAGCGGCGCUAUCCAAGAAGAAGUCCGGAGCAAUAAAUCGAUCGGAGAGCUGUAAGGAGAAGCAGCAUGCAAGGAAGCGGACGAGAGAGAAUAGAAAGCAUAGUGACCCCAACAUUCCCACCUCCGGUGAUGUGGAAGCCGAGUCCGGCCCCCUCUCCACCCAUUCCGGUAGUUCGUCAAACUCAAAUUCAAGUCUUUCACACAGUCCGGAGAGCCCCAGUACCUCCCUGGAGCAGGUGCCCCCGGCCGGUGGUCCUGUAUCUGCCCCUGUGUUGGAGAAUGAUUCCGACAUUGAGGCUGAGGUAGAUCUCCCUAACUGGCACAAACUAGUCUUAGACGACCAAAUUAUAAAGCGGCUCAAACCUAAAGAGAGUAAACGACAAGACACUAUAAAUGAAUUAUUCCACACGGAACGGACUCACGUUCGAGUCUUGAAAGUACUGAAGCACUUAUUUCAAGUGCCAAUGGAGGAGGCUGGCUUCUUACCAAGAGACCAGCUUGAUAUGCUCUUCCCCAACAUGGACCAAAUUCUGGAGAUCCACACUAUGUUUAAUCAAGCGAUGAAGAAAAGAAGAGAAGAGGAACCUUUUGUAACCAAAGUGGGCGAUCUUCUCAUUAAUAUGUUUGAUGGUGAGCAGGGAGAAACCUUUCAACGGCAGGCUGCAGAGUUUGUGAAGUCACAGAGCAUUGCCUUAGAAACAUUGAAACAGCGGCAAAAGAGAGACCAGAGAUUAGCGAAUUUUCUCCAAGAACAGGAGAACCAUCCAUUAUGUAGAAGACUACAGCUCAAAGACAUGUUACCUGCAGGCUUCCAACGUUUAUCAAAGUAUCCAUUGUUGCUGGAGUCAUUAUUAGGGUACACUGAUGCCAACAAGGAUCCUGAAGAAUACAAGCAAAUUGCAAGAAGCUUGGAAAGGUCGAGGGAAAUUUUAGCAUAUGUCAACCAAGCAGUACAAGAAGCAGAGAACAAUCAAAGAUUAAGUGAAAUCCAAAGAAAGCUCGACCAGUCAUCUUUAACCAAGAAUAAGCACGGACACUCAGAUGAAUUUAGAGGGCUGGUCUUGCUGCCUACUUGGAAGAAUUUGGACCUGACCAAACACAGACUAAUAUACGAAGGGCCUUUAACGUGGAGAAUUGCCAAAGGCCAGAAGAAUAUUGAUCUUCAUGUACUACUAUUGGAUGAAUUUAUUGUCCUUCUACAGAAAGCAGAUGAUAAAUAUAUUCUUAAGAACCACUCCAUAAACAAGUCUUUAGGCAAGGAUGACAAUAAACUCACCCAUUCACCUAUUAUAAAAUAUGGGCCAUCAUUUCUCUUCAGAGCUGUAGCAACAGACCGGUGCGCAUUCUUCAUAGUCACAACACAAGCAGUUGGAGCACAGAUUUAUGAAUUGGUGACAAUAUCAGCAAAUGAGCGAAAAGUAUGGUUCCGUCAUAUCCAGGAAGCACAGGAAGCAUACACAGCGCGAGAUGGACGAAAUCGCAGGGCCCACACACAAACGCCACUUCCAGACUCUGAUGAUCAGCCUACAUCAUCAGCUGAUGCCCUUAGGGAUGGUGAUGAUGGAGGAGACAUUGAUGGGGGAGAUGCAGCAGACGGUGCAAAUGAUGCAUCGGUCGAUGGUAAAUCCAAGGGUCAAGAUCAGCUUGCAAAAUGUGACGACUCGUCAUCAACCUCGGCCCCCACUGCAGGACAGCCGUCAUCUCCAGCAGAUUCUUUAUCCAAGAAAACUGCAGAGGUGGGCGGGGCGAGUGGCAGCAGUAGCGGCCCGGGUGGCCCUUCUCCCUCAGCGGGCCGUAGUCCGGCCUCAGGCCGCCGCUUGCAAGAGGUCCAGAUCAUCCAGAUCGUGGAGGGCCCGACGCUCAUCCAACCCUCGGAGGUGAAGGUCUCACAGGGAGUGGUCCUCUCUGCCGAGCCUGUUCUCACUCCUAUAGAGCAUUUAAGGCGAAAGGAUUUGAAAAUCCGCCAGGCAUUAGAAGAAAAACAACACAUUAUUGCUGACAUUUUAAACAUUCCGCACGAACAUUUUGAAAAUGUGGUGGACAUGGCAGGUGAACCCACUGUGGGGAAUAAAGAACCUAAAGAGUUGGUAUUGGCUGCCUUGUUCCAAGCCAAAUGUUUACAAGAGACUUUGAAUGAAGCUCUCAAUAUUGGUGAAGGAGACAUAAUUGCUGCUCGUGCCAGUAAUGAUGGUGCCAAUAAAACUGCCAACCUACCACUGUAUCAGGCACCAAUGACCAAGCUUAUGAGUAUAUCAACAUCAUUGCAUCAACAGCUUACUUCACUAUUAAAUCUUAUCUCUGAACGCGAUGACGAGCGAGAACGUAUGCGUAAGGAAUUAGUGGCAUCAAAAGAGCAGCUGCGUUUGUUGCACAUGCGUCAAAACUCAAAUACGCCAACAUCCACCACCACAAUAUCAUCUACAGAUGCACCUCAACCUGUUGCUACUUCACCUCAUACCUCUCGACCAAGCUCUUUUGUGUCAGUAGCAUCAUCUACAGCAGAUCACUCUGAUACACCUGAUCAUCAUGACACAGAUGAAGAGAGUCGAAGUGAAAUGCCCAAGGUUAACAGCCUUCUCCCAAGGGAUUGUGAAGAUUCCAAGGAAGAAAUAGUUCCAGAGGUAAAGAUUACGUUAAGGACAUUUGAAGAUGCUGUAAGUGGAGGAGAACAGACAGAAGGUACUUCCAGAGAAAGUGAAGGUUCUGCUGUGGGGCAGGUAUGUAGUGAAGGUGUUGGGAGUAGAGAGAAUGAGGGCAGUGAUGAAGUUACUACCACCUGAGAUCAAUAAGUCUGAGGAUAUGGGGGAGUAUCAUCUUCCCCACUAAUCCCAUUCUACACUCAUCGCAGGACAUUUAAGCUGUGUGCCUCUAUUGCUGCCUUUUCCUUGUGGCAUGUAUCCACAAGAAAGCCUGGAUGAGGCUUCUUGAACUGGGAAGUGAUUUUACAGGUGUCUAUGUGCACCACCUUCCUGAAAUCCUAGUGGAGACGACUCUCGAACUCUCUCGACUGAACUACACCUGAUAAUGGCCUGGACUGCUUUGGUCAGGGACCUUGGCAUAGCAACACAAAAUAUAUGUAUGUGUAUAAUAUUGUAAAUGAAGAGAAGAUUAUUGAAAAUUAUAUAUUAUUUACUUUCAUAUGAAAUAUUGGCAGUGUGCGUGUGCAACACAAACCUCAGCUGGCUGGACUUGGUAUCUGACAUGACCAAUCAGCAAAAGUGUACUGUACUGUAAAUACAAGAUUGUGGUGGUCGUGUGUUGUGACACCAUAGCCCAGUGCCAGAACAGGUCUUGAUACAGGAUGUAUGGCAUUCUGUAAACAUAAGACUGUUUUCCAGUUUAGAGCUGAUUAUCAACAGGUAAGGUUCCUGUAGCAUGUGGGAAGCCUCAUUGUAAGGUUGUACACCACUAAGAUUCCAUGUGGUUAACAAUUGAUUUUGUGAUUUGUAAAAUGUAUUGUCAAUAUUAUUUGGUUGUAAUUUCCAAUGUACAUCAGUUUUAGAAGGUAAACUUAUAUGCAGGACAUUUUUGUGUACGGUAAUUUGGAAGUACAGUAUGUAGCUUCAGUUUCCUAACCAGCCACAUGCUACAGUUCCAAGUUGACUUCAGUGUAACUCCCAUGAACGGGACUUUCUCAAGUCGGCUCUUUCAUUAAUGUUGUACUUUGUUCAAAUAUUGUAAAAAAAAAAAAUCUCCUUUGUCAGUUACGUUCCUAGUCCUUUGUGUUGCUGAAUGCUACUGUCCUGCUGAGCCACUGUGGACCAACACCCGAAUUUUGAAGUUGCUAUAGUAUACAGUACAGUAUUGGUAUGGAUGUACCUCUUCGUGUAGGACCUGUCACCACUCCACUAUAGACUUAUUUUAGCUAUUCAGGAGUAAGACUUUGUCAUUAAAAUUCCCAGUUCUGGCAUAGCAUUAUAUUAAUAUAUUAAUCUAAACCAAUCUUCUUAUAUUCCCAGACAAUUACCUGAUAGUUUGCCAUCUGAAUGAAUGCUUGGUUUGAAAGUUUAAAGAUGUAAUAUAUAUAUAAAAUACACAUAUAUAUUAUACAUAUGUUAUUAAGUUUCAUAAAAUUUAUUACAGCAUGAAUGUCAAGUUUAUUCAGUGUUUUCUGCUGUUGGCAACAACAGUUGAGAUUUCCAGAACUGAAAUUAUGGUGGCUAUAAAAUGGAUGUGGUGGCAAAAGGAGUGUAAUCAUGAAGUGAAGGCAACCUCGGACCAAGGGAGUUUUGCAUGUGCUACUUUAGUAUAAUUUUUAACUUAUGCUGGAGCUAGCCAACUGUGCCAUUUCCCAUUGGGUAAAGAGACUGGAAGAUAUGGGAGUUUAUAUAUCCUGCUGGUCAUGAGGACGUUUCAUCCUGUUACAGAAAUAAAAGGGUGUUUGUUUUAUGUCUUAAUUGUACAUAUCUUUGUUACCCAUCAGUUGUGGGUAUACAGUAAACACAUUGCCACAAAAGUGAUCAUUUGUAAAUUUUAAUGUUAUUCUAUAACCAUUAAACAUAAUGUAUAGUGCAAAAGUAAUAAAAUGACUAAAGGAA